GGACGCCACUGCAAAUAAUCGGGCCGAUGUUGGCACGGACUGUCGCUCGACGCACGCCAGCGAUGGCCUCCUUGACCAGAUCGCGCAUGGUCCCGCCUACCUCCAUGAUGAAUGCCGUUCUGGCACCCCAACAGUACAUGUUGCGCUCGCCAACUAUCCCCCAGCUGUUGAAGCCGUUGGCAAUCGUCCCAUCUCGUCGAUACUACUCGUCCAACAAUUUUGACGACUGGCGCCGCAACACGUCUCUGGCAGACAAGAUCAAGACCGGCGCUGUCGUUGUCGCCGGACUUGGCGUGUUCACCCUGGUGUCGUCCGCCGCGUUUGGCUUGUUUAUUACGGGAGCGCUCGGUCUAGGAGCGUACAGUCUGUACCAAUCGUUUCGUCACCGAGGUGCAUUCCGAGCGUUGCAGCAGCAGCAUCCGUUUUCGUCCCCUGAUUCACCGUUUGGGUCCAUCUUCCAUCAGCUGUCCAAACGACAACGCGGCGCCUCGCGUGGGAUGCCCCUUGUCGCCACGGGGUUGAUGACAGGACUUCUUCGCGUCUUCGGCGGCAUCUUUAAGCAGUCAUGGAACCGCGUUGUCGCGGUACAGACCCAUGUGGAGGCCACGCUGCAAAAGCAUCCGUCCAUCCGAUCGCAGCUUGGGUCCAACAUGUCCGUGUCGAGUCCCGACCAAGUGACUGAACAAAGUAUGCGAUAAUGAUGGUCUAUUUGGUAGCAUUUGACCAACAUUCGUUGACGUGUAGCGGUGAAUGGCGUCGGUCGCCUGGACGCGCGGUUCCCGAUCGUCGGCGGUCGCCAUCGCGCGUACGUGGUGGUCUCCGCUUCCAUCGACGCCACUUCCAACCGGUUGACCUACCACAAGCUCACGUACGUCAACGCUUCCACGGGCGAGACGCGGGAUUUGCUGCAGGAGGGCGGCAAGGCGUCCGUCGUGUUGGACGCCGAGUACAGGGAAAUCCAUUAACCUAUGUGACUGAACCUGUGGCGGUUGUUGCUAAGUGUUUACUGAAGAAUUCAGUACUGUAA